CUGCGCUUUCGACGCAUGCGCUUUGAGGCGGAACUCCCUCUGUCCUCUUAGCGCGGUGAGAAAGCUGCAUCUCCCCCUCUGUCUCUUCUGAUCUGAGUCGUUUCCGGCAUGGCGGCUGCGUAUCGACUCGUCCUCGUUCGGCACGGCGAGAGCGCCUGGAACCUCGAGAACAGAUUCAGCGGCUGGUACGAUGCGGACUUGAGCCCAGCAGGCCAAGAGGAGGCGCAGCGCGGUGGAGAGGCACUGAGAGAUGCUGGCUAUGAGUUUGACAUCUGCUUCACAUCUGUGCAGAAAAGGGCUAUUCGUACUCUCUGGACUGUACUGGAUGCUAUUGAUCAAAUGUGGCUGCCUGUCAUAAGGACCUGGCGUCUCAAUGAGAGGCACUAUGGUGGCCUAACAGGCCUUAACAAAGCUGAGACUGCUGCUAAACACGGAGAAGCCCAGGUGAAGAUCUGGAGGCGUUCUUUUGACAUUCCACCACCUCCAAUGGAGCCUGACCAUCCUUUUUACAGUGUUAUCAGCAAGGAUCGUCGCUAUGCUGACCUCACUGAAGACCAGCUGCCUACAUGUGAGAGCUUGAAAGAUACUAUUGCUCGUGCACUUCCCUUCUGGAAUGAGGAAAUUGUUCCCCAGAUUAAGGAGGGCAAGCGUGUGCUCGUUGCUGCCCAUGGCAACAGCCUCCGUGGCAUUGUCAAACAUUUAGAAGGAAUGUCUGAGGCAGAGAUCAUGGAACUCAAUCUGCCCACCGGAAUCCCAAUAGUCUAUGAGCUGGACAAAAACCUGAAGCCCAUCAAGCCCAUGCAGUUCCUGGGCGAUGAGGAGACUGUCCGCAAGGCCAUGGAAGCAGUGGCAGCCCAGGGCAAGGCCAAGAAGUGAGGGAGGGGUAGGCAAUUAGUAGAAGAUCCCUCUCCUUAAUCCCUUUCCUUCCCAGCACACACCUGCCACAGCCUGAGGGAUGGGGUUCAAAGAGCCAAAGGAGGUAAAGCUCAUAUCCUUUCCUCUAGGACCAAUUUCCUUCCAUGUUCAUUCCUCCCCAGUAGAUUCUGGAGAGAUAACCAUAGGGAUGUGGUCCAGCAGGGGCUCUGAAAUUGCUCUGGAAUAAGGUUCCCAAAGUGAAGAUGGUAGGGACCUCUGGCAUUUCCAGGACAGUUUCCCCCCUUCGUUCCAUUUCAUGCAGCAGCUGUCAUUAAAAAUCACUUUAAGUGUUGUUUGACUUGCUUUGGCCAUUCACAACUAUGAUUUUAAGUGUAGGGGUGCUUCAGAGCAGAGUGGGGAUGGAAGCACCACUCUCACGUUGGAGCUUUGGCUUAUGACAUUGAAGGGCCACAGCCCAUUUUGAAUUGUCCCUGAAAGUAUAUUUGGUCCGGCGUUAAGUAACAAUUGCCAACUCAUAGUCUGUUGCCAUCAAACAGUUAGAAAGGGAUCAGGCUAGGAAAGGGAAACGCACUCACCCUGGAAUCUUCAGAUGUAGUCCCAUAAUCUUGCUAUAUAGUGCCAGUAAGCCCAGAUACUGUGUAUCAUUCUGUAUUGCUUGUCAGCCCCACAAUCUCUGUGGUAUCCCAGCCUGUCAUAGGGCGGGUCUACACUGGAGUUCACGUCUCUGUACAAUGGCUGAAUUUGCUCUAGUCUCAGUAAAAUAAAGGAAUUAUGUGCAAUA